CUUCUGUCCUGCUCACUGGAGGAACUGCGGCUCAGCGCGGAACGAUUGUUCCCGACUGUUGCUUGUUCCCGCACGGUCUGUUUUCACAGCAGGACAGGAGUGGGAAUCAAAGAUGUCUGGACUGUCAGAGACGGAGCGGGUGGGAUGUUCAGUGAUCCUGAAGCUCAUGUCAAAAAGCGACCUGCUGUCACUUAGCGACACUGUGACCAACAAGGUGAUCGUUGUGGAGAAUACCACAGAGGCUAUGGAAACCAUCCUGUCCUUCAGUAAAAACGCAGAGGAGAUCCUGAGAAGGAAGAAGGUUCACCGGGACCUAAUUUUCAAGUAUCUGGCCAAGGAGGGGGUGGCGAUGGCCCCCAACAGUGAGAAACACCAGCUGGUGAAGAGGACACUGGAGCUUUGGUCGUCAAGGAAGGCCGUGGUUGAUAAAAGCCCUCAACAAGAGACAGAUGGGACCAGAGAGAAACAGCCCUCAGGGACAUCAUCUGAUACCCUGAGCUUGAAAGCUGAGGUGGAUUUUGACCCUCAGGUCCUCGGCAAGCAGUUCUGCCAGUGGUUCUUCCAGCUCCUGAACAGCCAGAACCCCUCACUGGGCCAGCAGCCUCAGGACUGGGGGCCGCAGCACUUCUGGCCAGAUGUGAAGCUGCGUCUCCUCGCUACAGCGGGCAGUGAACAGAUGGAUGAGUUCCUAGGUGCUGAACUGGUUAGCCUUCGUCUCCUAGCCUUGACAAAGGAAGAGUGCCUUCUCCUCAGCCCCAACCUGGAGCCCCAUGGCUUCAAGACACUUGCUUCCCCCCAUGGCUUGGUGCUGGUAGCCGUGGCCGGGACCAUCCACAGAGAUGCAGCCUGCCUGGGCAUCUUUGAGCAAACAUUCGGCCUCAUCCGCUCCCCGCUGGAAAAUAACAGCUGGAAGAUCAAGUUUGUUAACCUGAAGAUCAGAGGGCAGGAUGCUCUGGGCGGGACGGAGGCGACAGCGCCUGCUUUGACUUACAACUCCAGUGAACUGCAGCUUCUCUGCAGUUGAUGACACUCCAACUUGUCUAAAUUGCACAAACAAAAAAAAAACAAGCUGUUGUUUUCAGAGACUCAAACAAGGUACUGGUCCAAACUGCUCUCUUUACUUAUAUUUACCAGUGAGGUCAGGUUGUACAGGUAGGUGGACACUGGUGCAUCUAAAUCUUCUUGGGAGAUAUAUUGGUGAUGUAAUAUAAAAACAUUUUUGCUUUAAAUAUACUGUACCAUGAUGCAAAGCAUAUCUUGCUUUUUGUUGGCCUGUGCCUUUUGUAAGAUAAACUAUAAAUACAGACACGCUCUUGUAAAUAAGGAUCAUAUCAAAUAUAAACAUUAUAUUAAAACUUGUCUAG